AUUUGUUCUGCUACAAAAAGGAAAGGGACCUAAAAGCGUGACGACUGUGCUUUCCUAUAAAGGGCUACAUCAGCGAUGAUUUAACAACAGAACCCACCAACAACUAACGACCAGGCAUGAAUUAUGUCUAUUUAUGUGCAAAGAGGGCUCCUCUGUUUCAGUUGUCUGAACUUUAUAUUAGGAACAAUGUAGCAAUGACGGUGACACCGUUUCGCAGGACUAUGGCAUCAGACUCAGUGACCCGGUUCGACUUUCUGGUUAUUGGCGGUGGAUCUGGUGGACUAGCUGGUGCACGGAGAGCGGCUGAACUCGGAGCCACUGCUGCCGUGAUCGAGAGUCACAAACUCGGAGGUACCUGCGUCAAUGUUGGCUGUGUUCCAAAGAAGGUCAUGUGGAACACCGCCGUCCACGCGGAGUUCCUCCAUGACCACGCUGACUAUGGGUUCCAGGGCGGGAACGUACAGUUCAGCUGGCCUGUUAUUAAGAAUAAAAGGGAUGCAUACCUUAGCCGUCUGAAUCAGAUUUAUCGGAAUAAUCUUGACAAGGCAAAGAUUGAAACGAUUGUUGGCCAUGCAGUGUUCACGGAUGACCCCGAGCCUACCGUGGAGGUAAAUGGCAAGAAAUACAGGGCUUCGCACAUCCUCAUCGCCACUGGGGGGCGCCCUAUCGCUCUCAGUGACAAAGAGGUGCCAGGAGCGAGCCUUGGAAUCACCAGUGAUGGGUUUUUUGAGCUCGAAACCCUGCCAAAGCGUACUGUCGUCGUGGGAGCGGGGUAUAUUGCUGUGGAGAUGGCGGGCAUCCUCUCCACACUGGGGUCUGUGACCUCUCUCAUUAUCCGGCAGGGCACGGUGCUGAGAAGCUUUGACUCUUUGAUAAGUUCCAAUUGCACUAAAGAACUAGAAAAGUCUGGCAUAGAGUUAUGGAAGAACACUCAGGUGAAGUCUGUGAGUAAGACGGAGAAGGGCCUGGAGGUGACGCUGGUCACCAGGGACCCGGAGAAGGGGGAGGAGGAGAAGACUAGCACCAUCGGGGAGGUCGACUGUCUGCUGUGGGCCAUCGGCCGUGAGCCAAGCGCCGACGGUCUCAACCUCAAGAACGUGGGCGUCAAACAGGAUGAGAAGGGGCACAUUCUUGUGGACGAGUUCCAGAACACCAGUCGCCAGGGCAUCUAUGCCGUGGGGGAUGUCUGCGGCAAAGCCCUCCUUACACCUGUUGCCAUUGCUGCGGGCAGGAAGCUAGCACACAGGCUGUUUGAGGGGAAAGCGGAUUCCAAAGUGGACUACAGCAACAUUCCCACCGUGGUGUUCAGUCACCCCCCCAUCGGCACCGUGGGGCUCACAGAAGAGGAGGCCAUCCAGAAGGAAGGCAAGGAGAACGUCAAGACGUACAAGACGUCCUUCACACCCAUGUACCACGCCAUCACCACCCGGAAAACCCAGUGUGUCAUGAAGCUGGUGUGCGUGGGCAAAGAUGAGAAGGUGGUAGGGCUUCACAUGCAAGGCCUUGGCUGUGAUGAGAUGCUUCAGGGCUUCGCUGUGGCUAUCAAGAUGGGCGCGACCAAGGCCGACUUCGACGGGACCAUCGCCAUCCACCCCACGUCCUCCGAAGAGCUGGUUACUAUGCGCUAGGCCUCAGUAGCACAUAACCACGUGCCCUCUCCAACAAGUCUGAACAAAAGCACCUAUUCGCUAAUUUCACACACUACUCCUGUUCUCUUGCGUUCAAUAAACUCAUAGCGUUUCAUAA